AUGUCACAGGUGCACAGGCUCCGCUUGCGCAUGGAAGAGCUGGAGGCGUCAAUCACUGAGCAGCAGGACAGAUGCAUGCUACUGGCCAGAGAGCUGCAGAUCAAGUCCGAGCGGGUGGAGGUGCUGGAGAACGAGAUACAUUCGCUCAAGACUCUUCGCUGUCAGGAUGGAAGUGCUUUCCAUCGAGGGCCCAGCGACGAAGGCAAGGGGCAGCGCCAGUUUGGCCCUCCGGUCCAGGUGCCCGAUCUGGGGAAGGGUGCGCUGAGUUUGGAACAGUUGCAGACAGAGCUUAAGAUGGCCUAUGAAAGGAUCAGACGGCAGGAGACAGAGCUUGAAGCCCUGCGUGGUGCUUACGAACAAGGUCGAGAAUUAAAUGCAUAUUUGAUGGCUGAGCUUCAGCGUACAAAACAACUCUGGCUGCAGCAGCAGCAAGCCAGUGAGGUGCCGCAACAGCCCACGGGCGCCAUGGGCGUGGUUCAGGUGCCACUGCCAACCUACACCCAAGCUUAUAAUCAGCCUUAUCUGCCGGUGAUGGCCAGGAGUGUGCCCUCAUCGUACCCAGAGCUGCCUAUAGCGGCUGCGCCUUCUUCCUUCCCACCGUCUCCGCGUUUGCUGCCGACACCGAAAUGCUCAGGAGCAGGUCAGUCUCCGUGUAUGUCGAGCACAUGGCGCGAUCCGUCGGAGCAGGACCUGCCGGAUCUGCCAGAAGACAUCCCUACAGUGGGAUCCCUGUGGCAUGCUGAGGGUACGUGCCGGCCGUGCUUCUAUGUCUUCAGCAAAUCCGGAUGCCAUUUUGGCAGGUCUUGCAAGUACUGUCACAUGGACCACGCUAAGCGGAAGAAGGAGCGCCCGCCCAAGAUGGUGCGUGAGGAGUGCAAGCAAAUUGCACAAGAGGUCUUCAGGAACGAAUCAGCGCAGGCCGCAGCUUCCGAGGACGUGGAGGAUCUGAGACAUCGAACACAGCUUUCCAGCAGCAGUCGAAUGUCCAAAAAGUACACCGACGCCGUUCUGCGAGCCAUGAAUCGCCAGAGUCAGGUCGGCGAUGCUUCCUCCAGUUCACGGCUGCAUUUGUGA